AUGGAGACUUUUAAACCCGCCGAGCUGCCGGAGCUGCUUAACCUUUAUUACCGGAGGCUUUUCCCCUACGCUCAAUACUAUCGCUGGCUCAACUAUGGAGGAGUGACAAAGAAUUACUUUCAACACCGUGAAUUUUCAUUCACACUGAAAGAUGAUAUUUACAUUCGCUACCAAUCCUUCAACAACCAGAGUGAUCUGGAAAAGGAGAUGCAGAAAAUGAAUCCAUACAAGAUUGAUAUAGGCGCAGUAUACUCUCACAGACCCAAUCAACACAAUACAGUGAAGCUGGGAGCUUUCCAGGCUCAGGAAAAAGAAUUGGUGUUUGACGUUGACAUGACAGACUAUGACGAUGUGAGGAGAUGUUGUAGUUCUGCAGAUAUAUGUUCUAAGUGCUGGACCCUCAUGACGAUGGCCAUACACAUAAUCGACCGAGCACUGAAGGAGGACUUUGGAUUUAAGCAUCGUCUCUGGGUAUAUUCUGGAAGGAGAGGUGUUCAUUGUUGGGUUUGUGAUGAAUCAGUUAGAAAAUUGUCCUCUGCAGUACGUUCUGGGAUAGUUGAGUACUUGAGUCUUGUAAAGGGUGGUCAAGACGUUAAAAAGAAAGUCCACCUAAGUGAAAAAAUUCACCCUUUUGUCAGAAAAUCUAUAAACAUAAUAAAAAAAUACUUUGAAGACUAUGCUCUAGUUGAUCAAGAUAUUCUUGAAAAUAAAGAAAGCUGGGAUAAGAUCUUACCCCUUGUUCCUGAAACAAUUCAUGAGAAACUUCAGCAAAACUUCCACAGGUAUCACAAUUCACUUCAGCGUUGGGAGUAUUUGAAGAAAGCCAUCAGCUCUCAGGAUAAUACAAAAAACGACAAAUGUGGACCCUGGCUUGAGUGGGAGAUCAUGCUCCAGUACUGUUUUCCACGGCUGGAUAUCAAUGUUAGCAAAGGAAUCAAUCAUUUGCUGAAGAGCCCUUUUAGUGUUCAUCCUAAAACAGGUCGCAUUUCUGUGCCUAUUGAUUUACAAAAAGUGGAUCAGUUUGAUCCAUUUACUGUUCCAACCAUAAGCUCCAUCUGCCGUGAAUUGGAUACCAUUUCCACUAAUGAGGGAAAGGAGAAAAACGAAGCUGAAUCUGAUAUCAAACAUAGAACCAGAGAUUAUAAGAAGACCAGUCUAGCUCCUUAUAUAAAAGUUUUUGAACAGUUUCUUGAAAACCUGGAUAAAUCUCGAAAAGGAGAACUUCUCAAGAAGAGUGAUUUGCAGAAAGACUUCUGAAGAUAACAACUCUCCUCAAACCAUUGUAGAUAUCUUCUACCUUCAGCCAAUAACCAAAAACUUCAAGAGCAAUUAAUGAAUAUGGUGGAACCAUAUGUGUCUUAGUGCUCAAACCAAAAUGUCCUUUUCUUGAAAAAUAAUUAUGUUGAAAAGAUUCCUGAAACCACCUAAGGAGACUGCCCAGGUUUCUAG